AUGAUUAUUAACUAUUCUCUAUGGAAGAUUUUCAUACUAGUACUUUGUUUCAUAAAUUUCACUUAUGUUGCUGGUAAUUAUCGCGAAAAUCUUGCGUUACGUCAUCCAUGCAAUACAAUCAACAAGCGUCUCGAGCCGUACAUUGCAUGGACAGAAAAACUUGCAAGUAGCCAAUACAAAGUUCAACAUGAUGCAUGCGGUCAAAUUGGUGUCGGACCUGCAUGUUGUACAGAAGACAUUGUAAAUUCUUAUGCGACACCACUUGGUGCUGAAUUACAAAGUAUAAUCGAUGGUCAGUUAGAUAAUUUAACAAGUUUACUAACAAUAUCAAAACAGCAUAUCGCUAUUUGGUCAAAUGAAUAUAUUAUUGAAACGCAUCGUUUAACAAUAUCUUCACUUGAAACAUUAUUCGGUACGAAAGAAUAUCAUUCAAAUAUCGAUCAUUCUGUAUCGAAUUUAUUCAAUACUCUAAGUAAUACUCAGUCAUCAGUUGAAGAUGUAUCAAAAUCAACUAUAGAUUUAUUUAAUCAUCUAAUUAUUUCUAUCUACCGUCGAUUUAUAAUUAAUGAUGAUUCAAUUCAACUGGAUGAUGCUUUUCAGAAAUGUCUUCUAAAUAAAGCAUUUAAUAUGGAAGUAUUGCCUAAACAACGUGAAUUACUCUAUAUAUUAACUAGUGCUUCAUCAUUGAUUCAAAUAUUUCUUGCAAUGCUUGUUUAUAUACAAGCUGAUAUUCAACGAUUGCAAAGAACGACAACUAUAGAUUCAAAUCAAUGUAUACAACGUUAUGCAAGAGAAACAUUGUGUCCUAUCUGUGUUAGUAGUACAUCAUCACCAUCGUCGUUUUCUAAUCAAAUAAAUAAUGAUAAUGAUAUUAGCGAAGCUUUAUGUGAAAACGAUUGCCGAUAUAUAAUUAGAACAUGUUUCAAUGAAACAAAUGACCCUUAUUUAGUAUUUGCUUCGAUGGCGAAAAAUUAUUCUGACAUUCUAGAAGAAAUGGAACAAAUUGUCAUUGAACUCAAACUUGUAGAGCGUCUUGCAAAAUUACAUAUCUAUUUAUAUGACAUGGUCGUUAAUACUACUAACAGUCGACAAAUCUAUAUGGAGCUUCACAUGGCUUGUCCAAAUCAAUAUGUUAAAUCGUUCAGUCCCAUUAUUUCAUUGCCACCUGCAAUAACUGAACGCCGUGAACUUGUUUUCCAAUGGAACAAAUCAUUGCAUGUGCUACUGAAAAGAACUCAUUCAUCUAUUCAUAAUCUCGAAGCAAAAUUUACGAAAAAACUAAUGACAGGCAUUUGCUCCAAUGCAAAGUAUGUUUCGAAAUCAGAUGGAUGUACACAAAUCGAUAAGCAAAUUAUUAAUCUCAUUCAAUGGCCACUUCCAUCCAUCUCAAAGCCGAUAUUAAAUGUAAAUAAUGCAGAAUUGACACGAAAUCAACUAGAUGAAUUAAAGAAAAAGAUGAUACCUAUACAACAAAUGACAACAUCACUUCAACCGAAGAAGAAAAUUGCCCUAAUAGAAUACAUACCCGAUUUUGAAUCAUAUAAUGAUGACAUUAGUAUUACGGAUUAUGAUACAGAUUUUUCGACUUCACUUGAAAGUGAUGAUGCUGAUAUUCAAGGAUCACUCAGUGAACGACUUUAUAGUGAAAUCGACGGGCUAACUACACGUCGAUCGAAAGUGACAACAACAAAGAAAAAUUCUCAACAAAAAACUUCGAGCAAAGCUGUAUCGAUAGCAUACAGUUUGCCGAUAUAUCUCACUAUUUUCAUCAUAAAACAACUUUAA